UUACAUAAACAAAGUGAAGUGAAGAACAAAAGUGAAAAAAAGAGGUCAUUCAAAGUUAAAGAUUUUGGAUAAAAGAAAAUGGCAAGUGGAGGUGAAAGUUUCCCAGCAGUGGAUGCUGAAAAAGAGUUGAAGCCACAGAAGGAUUUUCAAGUUGAUCCAGUAUCAUCACAAGUUGCUUCCUCAAUUGAAAAAGAUGCGAAGGAAAAAUUGGAGAAAAUGAAAAGAGAAAAAGAUAGAAAGGAUGCAUUACAAAACUUCAAGACUGCUAUGAUUAUCUCAGGAGUUGUUGUUGCUGUUGUUGGUGCUGCUUUUGCCAUUACCAAGAAGCUCAAGGAGAGAUCAAAUUAGCACUUAUUUUCUCAUGAAACUUAUUUAUUUAUAUUUUUGCAUUUUUAAUACUCACCCAUUCAUAAAUAUCGAAAUUUUGCGAAUUUUUAUUUAUGUUUUAGGUUUUAUAGUUAAGAGGUAUUUUGAUAAAAUUGUCCUUGGAUAUGUGUAUGAGGAUGAUUUUAUGUCAUCUUGAGAGGUGUAUACAUUUGAAUUGAGACGUUUAAGAUCUCAAUGAAUUGUUGAGUUUUAUAUUCCUAAAGCUAUUUCAAUUUCCUAUUUCUAAAGCUAGUUU